AUUGGUUUGAUGCUUUUACGUACGCCACGUGUUGGCUCAGAGUCUAGGAUUUAUGGAUUAUUUAUGUUUCAGGAAUUCAUUUUGACCCCUCAAGAUGUCCAACGGACGAGGCAAAGGGGUGGGCAAGCGUUCCAAUCAUCAAAAUGGACAUCACGACUCGAUCAAAAAGUCCAAAUUUGAGAAUGGCCACUCGAGUGCGGACUCGUUCUCGUUGAAUCCGAUUCUGGAGGCCGUAAAAAGUCAAAUGAAAACCAAAUGGACAUCCGAGAAGCCCAAGUCGAACGGUGAGAGUGAUCCUCAAGUGGAACUCUCUCACGAACCGUUUACCUAUUGUGCCAUCAAGAACUUUGUCCAGAGUCCCAAGUCAUUGUUGGAAGAUCUUACUCAAGAGCUGAACGAUCUCCAGAUGACUGAGAAGAACAACGAUCUGUACAAGUUCCACCAAUCCGGAGAUCUGAAGGCGGAGAAGCAAGAGAUGAUCCAGAAGUUUAUCCACUUCCUCCAGACUCGAGUGAAGGAGUUCCUCAAGGAAGUGACUCAAAUCGAGUUCAGCCAAGAGAUCGAUCUCUUCUGUGCCAAAUAUAACUAUACGGAUUACCUUCUCUGCCACGACGACGAAUUAGAGGGUCGUCGCAUCGCGUUCAUUUGGUACCUCGUCCCGCCCAGUUGGAAGGAAAAAGACGGAGGAGCCCUGGACCUCUUCCAGACCCAGGCUAAUGGAGAUCCUGGCGAGGUAGUCAAGUCGCUCACGCCCACUCACAAUAGCUUCGUGUUCUUUGAGGUCACGCCCAAGUCAUUUCACCAGGUCAACGAGGUGCUCACCCAGGACAAGACGCGAUUGUCCGUAGGCGGGUGGUUCCACGGCUCCACCCAACCUCGACCCACCAAAACCUCUAUGGCGAUUGUAAGUAAUAGUGUACCCAAGCCCCCCACUGAAACCGAGGAAGAGCUGUUCUUCUCCUGGAUCAAUCUCGAAUACGUCGACGACACGAUGCAAAUGCAAAUCCGGGUGGAAUUUGAAGAGAACUCUGAGAUUUCGCUCCAGAACUUCUUUGACCCGGAAAAAAUUGCUCAACUCUCCGAUAUCCUAGGGCGGGAUGGGAUCCCAUGGGAGUGGUUGGGACCAGCGAAUAAGCGCAACCACGAGCGACUCAAAUUGGAGGGUGACUUGGAUCCUCUGAUCCAUGAAUUCCUGCAAAUCAUGACCUCGGAUGCAAUGUUCCUACUCCUCUCCAAUCUCACCGGGAUCCGACUGCACACACUCGCCGACAUCACUCCCGAUGACAACGAUCAUGACGAUGACGACGACGGGGACGACGACGACGCAGAAGAUGGAGACGGAGACGAAGAAGACGCGGCUGAAAAUAACGAUGAAGACGCCGACAAAGCUGACAAUCCGAAUGAUGAUGAUGACGACGACGACAACCACGACGACGAUGAUCAAAACAAACCUGUCCCCACCGCGAACGGGACAACUGAAAAGAAGGAUCAAGUGAAGGCAUCUGGUUCCAAAGACACCACGCCCCAAGAAGAUGCCCAGUCCGCCAUGGACGAGGCCAAGUCCGAGCCUGUGAAUGCGAAAAGUGUGGCAGAGAUCCGCCAAUGGCGUCAAGGCUCCUACACAUUGGUCCAUGACGAGGACAUCGAGAAAGCGGAUCUGGUGCUGGAUGCCAAGGUAUUCUUCAAUUGCAAGGAUUGGGGCCUGGAAUGCGGCGGGUACUCGUCAUAUAUCGAGAAGGACGAGGACCGAGAGCUGCUCAGUGUCCAACCUUCGGAGAACACGCUCAUGUUGGUGUGUCGAGACAACAAGACCCUUCGCUUCGUCAAGCGAGUCACCGACGAUGUCAAUCACAAGCUCAAGGAUGGCCGCUUUCAAGAGCUGUCCAUGGUUUACUAUGAGAAAUGACAACACGAUAGCAAUGAGAAUGAGAAUAAUAAUAAAGCACACCUGAACUCGUUUGACUUCACACCGGCAA